CGUCUCCGCCCCACAGGACUGCGCCUGCGCCUGCGCCUGAGCGAGGGUCCUGACGGCUAGUCGCACCUGAUGGUGGGAGGUAGUGGCUACCUUUUCCUUUGUGCGGGCUGGAGAAUUAGGUAGCCACUGAAGAAAACACCAUGAAAGAUUCUGAUAUCAAGAGACUACUGUAUAUCCAUCUUUCAUGCAUAUUCUCAGUUAUUCUAAGCAUCUUCAUUCCAUCGUUCUUCUUGGAGAACUUCUCAAUAUUGGAAACACACUUGACGUGGUUGUGCAUCUGUUCUGUUUUUGUAACUGCCGUCAAUCUAGUAUUGUAUUUAGUAGUGAAACCAAAUGCAUCCUCUAAAAGAAGUUCAUUAUCAUAUAAGGUAACCAGAUUUUUGAAAUGCUGUGUCUACUUUCUUAUGUCUUGUUUCUUCUUUCAUGUAAUUUUUGUUCUGUAUGGAGCACCACUAAUAGAGUUGGUGUUGGAAACAUUUUUAUUAGCAGUUCUUUUGUCUACUUUUACUACUGUACCUUGUUUGUGUUUGUUAGGACCAAACAUCAAAGCAUGGCUAAGAGUUUUCAGUAGAAAUGGACUUACAUCCAUUUGGGAGAAUAGUCUACAGAUCACUACAAUUUCUAGUUUUAUAGGAACAUGGCUUGGAGCCUUUCCUAUUCCACUCGAUUGGGAAAGACCAUGGCAGGUAUGGCCCAUCUCCUGUACGCUCGGAGCGACCUUUGGCUACGUGGCUGGCCUUGUUAUUUCACCAUUCUGGAUAUACUGCAAUAGAAAGCAACUUACAUACAAGAACAAUUAAUUGGAACAAAGGGAGAAGAUAUUUCUUUGUGCAGAUUCCAUCAAGACUGUGCAGAAAUGUAUAUGGUCUAAGCCAGGCAGUUCCAUUUACAGCACUGUUUUUUAUGUAGUUACAUGAUGUGAUUGUAGCUUUUUAAACUAUGAAACCCCUGAGAGAUUGUACCUUCUAGUUGAAAUAAAGUAUUUAUAAUGGAUUGUGGCU